GCCAACAAACUGAAGACACGCACUCAGCACAACACUCUCAAUCCUCUGUGGAACGAGGUUCUCAUCUACAAUGGGAUAACCGCAGAGGACAUGGCUCGGAAAACGCUGCGAAUCACUGUCUGUGAUGAGGAUAAACUGACCCACAAUGAAUUCAUCGGAGAGACUCGGGUGCCACUGAGACGCCUGCGCCCUGGCCAAAAGAGACACUUCAACCUGUGCUUAGAACAGCAACAACCGCUGGCAUCCCCUUCUUCCAUGACUGCCGCCCUGCGUGGAAUCUCCUGCUAUCUGAGAGAGUUGGAACCCCCAGCUGGCUGGGCCCUGGAAGAAAGGGGUCGCAUCCUGCUCGCCCUCACAUACAUCUCCGAACGUCAUGGAUUACUGGUGUCUAUUCUCCGCUGCGCCCACUUAGCUGCUAUGGAUGUAUGCGGCUACUCGGACCCUUAUGUAAAAACCUACCUGAAGCCAGAUGAAGAGAAAAAAUCGAAGCAUAAAACAACUGUGAAAAAGAAAACACUAAACCCGGAGUACAAUGAGGAUUUUUUCUAUGAGAUUGAACAGUCAGAUCUUGGUCAUAAAUCCUUGGAAAUCACCGUUUGGGAUUACGAUAUUGGGAAAUCAAAUGACUUCAUUGGUGGGGUGACCCUGGGAUUAGGGGCCAGUGGGGAGUGCCGGCAACACUGGCUCUCAUGCCUCCAGACCUCCGACUGCCGCCUGGAACAUUGGCACACCCUCACCAACGAGCUCCCAGAAUCCUCCACCUUUGGCCCUUGA